GUGACUCGUCAGCACGUCGUCGACUAUGGCGGAAUGUAGCCAAGCUGACAGCGGCGACGCGAGCCGCCACCACACCAUGGAUAAAAGCAUCAUUUUACCUCCAGACGAAAUAUUCCGCAAUUUGGAGAACGCCAAGCGCUUCGCCAUAGACAUAGGUGGAUCGCUCACCAAACUCGCCUACUAUUCAACUGUUCAGCACAAAGUGGCCAAAGUUCGCUCCUUCGACCACUCUGCCAAGGAGGCAGCCGGCGACAAACUGUACGAGAUUUCGGUUCAAGAGGAGGUGACGGCGCGCUUGCACUUCAUCAAAUUUGAGAAUGCCUACAUCGAAACUUGCUUGGACUUUAUCAAAGACCACCUGGUCAACACCGACACGAAAGUCAUCAAGGCCACGGGUGGCGGGGCGCACAAAUUCAAAGAACUGCUGGAAAGGAAACUGAGACUCAAGUGAGUACAUUGAUGGCAAAUGUGUUCACACGCACGCACGCAC